CGUUGUCUUCAUUUAUGUUGAGUUAGUGGAUGAACACAGAAGAAACAAAUGUGGAGGCUAAGCAAAGUUCGCCACAAAGCGGGUCGUCAAGGCGGCAGCUUGGAGGAGACCAGGUUAAAGAGGCGAGAGCACGAAAAAGUACUGCGACAGGCCCGCAGAGACAGACAGCUGGUGAGCAAGAGACUCCUUCUGAAUGAAGAUGAGGAGCAGCAAGAAGCCGCCAUGGACACUGACCCAGGAGAGCAGGAUGUGGUUGGCUUGGUCCACAAACUUAAACAUAGUGGGCCUGAGAAGGAGGUCCACCUGAAAGCCUUGAGUAAAUCUCUCCGAGACCCAUCAGCACAGCUCUCCUUCAUCAAGCAGGAGAAUAGUAUGCAUCUGCUAGUUGGCCUCCUUACUGGCAGUAAUGCUCAGUGGCGUCUGCAUUCUGUGCGGUGUCUUCAUGAGCUGUCCAAUUCUCCUCACCCCAGCGUGACCCCAGCCUGUCUGCCUGCCACUCCCUACCUGCUGACCUAUCUGUCUGGACAAAGUACCAAGUUCACUGAGCUGUGUCUCUACACACUCGGUAACCUAUGGGCAGACAGUGAUGUUGUUAAAGAGAAACUUCUUGCUCAAGGAAUCAUACCUGCUCUGGCCAGCUGUAUAGAGAACCAGAGACAUAAUCUAGCAGUGACGGAAGCUGUGGGGUUCACCCUUUCUCAGCUGCUCCAGACCAAAGAUGCAGCACAGAAAAUAAUCCCGACGGUCCUGGCCUCUAGCUUACCCUCACACUUGAUAUCAGUUCUGACCCCUGGCCCAAAGCUUUCCUUGGGGCCUGCCAUUGAGUGUGCGUGGUGUCUGCACUACCUCAUAUGCAGUGUUGUGGAUAAUAGAGCACUCUUGGCUCAUGGAGCACUCUUACAGUGCAGUUCCCUGUUAGUGUCACUAGGUGCUGCUGUGGCUAAAGGAAACAAAGAAGAAGGACUGGAGUUGCUUGUCUGUCCUCUGCUGAGGUGUGUGGGAAAUCUCCUGUCCUCAUGUCCAAGAGAAGACCUGACCACUCAAGUGAGAGACGUUCGCCUCGUGGUUGCUGUUUGUGCAGUUCUUCAGGCUUUCUUCAAGAGUCAACCAGCGUUGGCCAGAGAGAGCGCCUGGGUCCUCAACAACCUCACAGCUCACUCCAGUGCAUUCUGCUCUGCUCUGCUGACUCUCAACUUGGUCCCUGGACUGAUCCAGCUUCUGCCUUUUUCUCAAGGCAUCAAUACGAUGAUCCUGAGAGUUCUGGCAAAUAUUGCCCAUAAGAAAAAGGAGUUCUGUGUCCAGCUGGGCCAGCUUGGAUUGCUGUCUGCACUCUGUGCCACACUUAAAAUGGCCAACCAAGAGAUGGUGACCCUGAGUCUUGACGUCCUGUUCAUGCUGGUAGUUAGUAGUACACAGAUUGCAGAGGAGUUUGUCAGGCAAGGUGGGCUUUCACUGUUAGAAGCUAUUCAGUACAACAGUGAAGGAGAGAUGAGGCGAAGGGCAACAUACCUCCUGGAGCACCACCUACAGUCCCACUCAUCAUAGUGCUCUGUCUGUUGAAAAACAUCCCAUCUCAUGAUCCUGAACUAAGAUGAACACAUGAAAUUCAAAUACAUGGGAUACAGUGUGUCAAUAAAAACAUUAGUGUCAUCAGGACACACCUGAGAAUAGAAAAGCCUACUACAUCUUUACCUCCAUACAAUCUGUAAAAUGCAGACAGACAGAUUCUGUUUUUAUAUUUAAAGUUGUUUUGAAGUACUUUAAAUAUCCAUCCAUUUCCUGCUGCUUAUCUGGGGACAGGUGGUACUGGUGAUGGUUUUCUGGCGCUCCUGUGCCAUGUUGUAUGUCUGGGGUCUCCUACCAAUUGGUUGUGCCUAAAAAAAAAAACAAGUAUGAUCUAUUUUAAUAUGCACUGACUAUCAGUGUUACUACCAAUGGUGCAGUAAUAUCUGUACAGAUGAAAUAUUUUUUUAAUACUCGAGACUCAAUACUUCUUAUCAUGCACUCAUUCUUAAACUUUGACAUUGUAUCCAUAUUUAUAUCCAGAAUGGAUCUGGUAUGUGUUUUUGUCUGUCUAUCUAUUAUUAUUAAAAGACUGAAGACUUUCUCAUCUGAC